AUGCACCUGCGGGAGGGAAGGAUGAGAACGGGAAACGGGGAGUUUGCACAAGAUGGCAGCACGUGCUGGUCAGCGGUUAGGCAGGAGAUUGUGGGGGGGCAUGAAGCCAAGCCCCACUCCAGACCCUACAUGGCAGCCCUGAAAGUUUCCGGUCGUUUCCACUGCGGGGGGUUUCUGGUGGCCCCAGACUGGGUGAUGACCACCGCUCACUGCAUGGGGGACAUCAGCGUCAUCCUGGGAGCUCACAAUUACCGCAUCCCGGAGGCCUCCCAGCAGAUGUUUGCAGUUGAAAGCUACCAUCCGCACCCAGAAUACGACAGCAGAUAUGUGCCAUACAACGACAUCCUUCUCCUAAAGCUGAGCCACAAAGCCAAACUGAAUAAAUACGUCCAGGUGAUCCCCCUGCCCAAGACCAACAGCGACAUCCCCACGGACACCAAGUGCAUCGUGUCGGGAUGGGGCUACAUUGACCAAGAUGUAGCAACUUACAAGCUCUUCGAGACCAACGCCACUGCCCUGAGCCGGAGGAAAUGCCUCCUGUUCUACCCAGAGCUCAGCGACAGCUACCACAAGCUCAGGGACGUCAACUACGGGGACUCCGGUGGCCCUUUGGUCUGCAACGGGGUGGCCCAGGGGGUCGUCUCCUACGGUUUCCAGUUCCCUCCCUCGGUGUACACUCGUGUCGCCCACUACCUGCCCUGGAUUCGAAAGACCAUGGGGCAGUGACCGGAGAAGAAGAUGCUACAACUUCUCCAGCAUCUGCAUGGCUUUUCUCUCCCCCGGGGCGUUCCCUGGAACUGUAGGGAUAACAACGCAGGGUCCACCAACUUCUCCUUUUGGGCUGCCCCUUUCUCUACAUUUAAAUAUCAUCAUUAGUGGAUCCGAACUUUUCCCCCUCCCGCCCCCGGAAGAACAUACAAGGCUUAAUCUUGAGCCCCUCGCCAAGUUUUUACACGGGCAAACCUCGCAGGUUAGCCUGGGUGAGGAGGGAGCAAAAACAUGGCAAGGAACUCAGAUUUGGCCCAAACGGGUUGGAACAAAGCUUUCCUCAGCUCCCUCCUGGGUCAGAACACACACGAAUCCCACGAUGCUCGGGAGUGUUUCACAGCACAUGGAUUUUGACGGGGUUCAGACACCCAAUUCAAAGGCUUUUUGUUGGGAAAUGCUGACUCAUCAAAACCCAAACUGUCUGUGGCUGAGGGACCUCCCGAUAGAAAAUAUUAGGAUUUUUGUUUCUAGAUUGCAGAAACUGGCGAUUUUGACAUUUUCUAGGUGGAUCGUUUCGGGUUUGGGGUUGACGCCACUUUUCAUUUUGAAAUUUUAAUUAACUGAAAUGAAAGGAAAGAUACUAUUUUUUUUUAAAUCAAAAAUGAAAUGUUUUGAAAUUAACCAACUUGUUUCAGUUGACCAGAUCUGAUUUUUUUUUAUUGCAGAUGAUCAGUUUGCACAAAUUCGCAAGAUUCCCACUUCCCACCCCAAUUUGAGAUGGGCCUUCCCCCUCCCCUCCACCCCCUUGAAAAUUGGGGUGGGACGAGAACACCAUUUCCUCCCCACUUCUGUAGUUCCUUCCCCCUCACUGCCCCAUUUCUUCUUUGCCCCUGCAGCGCUAGAGUGUAACAAGCAAGACAAUAAACAAGCUCCCG